CGACCAGAUAGAUAAUCAAUUGCAUUGUCAAUCUCACUACCAUCCCUAAGGCAUAAACAAACCUUUCUCCGAUAUACCCCUCCUAGGGACCAACCCACCAUGACCACCCAGACCCCCACCUCGGACCUCGAUCUCCAGUCGCGCCGAGAAGCCGACUUCCAGCGCUUCAAAACCCUCUCCGCAUACACCUUCCUCGUCGCCUCCCCAAUCCUGAUCGCGCUACCCCCCCGGAAACUUGAUAAUCUUACUGUUCUUCUCACGGGUGCAUUCUGCAUCUCCGCCAACCACCUCACCCGCGAACACACCGGACGGAGUCUUCUGGAUCGGAUCAAGGCGCGAAUUGCAAGGAAUCCCUUUGCAGCAGUAUCGGAAAUGCCUAGUCAGCGGGCGCUGGAGAUCCAGGAGAGAUUGCGGGCGGCGAGGGAGGCACAGAUUCAGACUGCGGUUGGGGAGGAAUUGGAGAAGUUGAAGGCCAGGCAAGCGCAGGAGAAGCCGGCUCUGGAGAAGAUUUGGAUGGGCGGGGAAACAGAGGAUUGGAAGGAAAGGAGAUUGAGAAAGGAACAGCAAAUGUUGGAUGAGGGGAAGGGGUAUGGCGAUUUGAUCAAGGAUCAUAUUUGGGACGUGUGGACUUGGGGCCAGAACAAAGAGGAGGAGAAGGGCUCCAAGGACGGAGAGUAAUGGUGGCCUUGAUAUUGGCCACUAUUGGACGGGUCUGGAGCGAGCGACAAUUCUUCGAUGUAUAGUAUGUAAGGCGGCGUUCAUGGGGUGGGUUGGAUUUCUACGGUUGUUCUUUGUAUAGUACGCUUUAGCUUGUCAUUAAAAGUACGGAGUACUGUGCGAGAUAUAUUUCCGAUCCGAGUAUCUCGCGUUGCAAGUUCAAUUGCGAAGAAACAGCGACAU